AUGGUUAAUCUUCGGUUGCCUUUACAAGAUCCCUUAUACCCCAAGCAAGAUCACUUCGCUAUUCAGUUCUGCCAUCCAGGUUACCACAAAAAGAACGUUCUCUUCUCACUCUGGGCAACCGACCAAACCGCCUCUGGCACAUCAAGCCUUUACGCGCGAUUUGCCCUUGACGCAUGCGCCAUAGUCGCAGCCAACCGCCAUGAUGGUUGGCUCUCCACGGACCAAAAUAUCAACGAUGCGCGCAUAAACAAAGUUGAGGCCGGUAGCAUGUUACGCGAUCGCAAGUAUUACUACCACCUCAACCCUUUGCCUGAAGAUGAAGAAGGAGAGCCAUACAAAGUCGUUCCCAACUUUGAAGAAUGGGAGUUUCCACACGAUGCGAUGCCUCCUCAUUGGCAGGCAAUGGCAGUAAACCGAACUGCCCCCAACUCGGCUCGCUCCCGCUCGAAUCUCUCUGAUGCGCUGAGAUCUCAAGACAAGGCUUGUCGCCUGAGUCGCUGUCGAGAGAAAUUGAACGCAUCACAUCUUGUUCCUCAGACCGAAUUGGCAUGGUUCGAACGCAACGGCAUGGCUACCUACAACAAUAAUCAAUCCAUUGUGAACAUGGACGACGUUGCGAAUGCCAUCCUUUUACGUGUUGACUUACAUUUGGCCUUUGAUGGGCCGAAGUUCACGUUUGUGCCAAAAGGCGAGGGUAACGACGCGCAACUCGUCUGUCAUCUUGUCGACACCUCGGAGGAGCUCGUACAUCUCUACCAUAACCGAGCGCUUCCUCCAUCAUCUGUUAGUAUUGAGAUGUUAUAUGCUCGCCUUGCUUGGACGAUAUUUCAUUUCCUUGGGGCUUUUCUCCAA